AGGUCAGUGGGAUGCCUGUGGGAGCAGCAGCUGUAGGUGUUAGCAGUCCUCGCACAUCAGUGAUCAAGCUCAAUAAAUAAAAAAGGCCAAGCUCUGAGUUUUGGAAAAUAUAUGCAGGCUUUGUCUGUUCCAGACUCUCUUGGUUUUCUUGGUUUUCACAGGAAAGUGAUGUCUGGCUCCCUGCUGGCCCCAGUUGGCUGCUGGCCAGCCUCAGCAGGAGGCCCUGCUUCUGGAAGGGUGUGGCUUGGGAUGCCUGGUGGUGGGGGAGAGUGGCGAGGCUCCUCAGGACCACAGGAAGGAAGCAUCUGUAGGGCUGGGCAGCCUCUGAGAAGAGCCCUUGAGUCCAUGUGGAGAGCGGGCAGCUGGGCACAGGAGGUGGCUCUGUCAGCUGGCUGUAAAAGCACUUGAUUGUGUCCAGACAACGAUGAGGGGGUGAAGGUGGACUUGCCCCUCCUUCCCCCCACAUAGUGCUCUGUGUGGCAGCACGGCCCUGUAUAACCUCCUGCUCUUAAGGUUUCCCCUCACAUGGGAAACUCCACCGAUUGCAUUGAUCCCGGUGCAUCUCCGCAGCCUAAAUUCCAAGGCCCUCGGGUGCGGGGUCCACCUGGUGGUCUGUGAGAGGGCCCUAACCGGGCACGGUCCUGGCUCUGUGUAGCAUCCCGCCUGCAUUUCAGACACUGGUAUGCUCUUCCCUUCGUCCAGAGGCAGGCCAGCCGCUACCCCCUGGUUCACAGUCAGGUGCCCUGGGAACUUAGUGGCUCAGGGGCAGCUUUGCCCAGAGCUCAGGUUCAGUGCUCAGUGUGGAGAUUCCUUUGUCCGGGGACUUUUUUCAUAUGAUCCUUCAGAACCCAUAAGCUGUUCUCCGUCCUGAGAUUUUUCCACAGUCCUCACGUGUCCUAGGUCUUGGGCCAGGAGUGGCCGUUUUCCACUCUGAGAUGGAGUUUUUGCUUGGAAAAGUGGGCGGAGUGUAAAGGCAGGUGGUAUGAGUGGAAAUGCCUCCGGACCUGUGACGGACUCCACCCUCCACAAACUUCCCACUGUUCUCUCUGCUUGCUGUCGGUCUUCCAUCUUAGCUGAUAGAGUUGAAUGUUGUUGCUCUUUCUGGCAUCCCUGUGAGGAGAAGAGAGGCAGUUUGGUGACAGUCCCAAUUUCUCAGCUUACGGAGCUGAGAAAUUGGGGCCCAGAGAAGGCUAAUUAGCAGAAUCCAAGAUUCUGACACCCCUCCUUUUUUUUUUUUUUUUUUUCCAGAGUAUCAUCUUUUCUUGCAUGUCUUCCCCAAAUCCAUCAGUAGGAAGGGAAAAUUAGUCGCCAGGAAGGGCCUUCUUCUGCCAGGUCAUCUAAUUUGUUAAAGCUUGUUUGGCUUUUCAGUCCCUACUUCCCUCCUGAGUCCAUGGAGCUUUGCUUAGUUACUGUAACUAAGACUCUGCCAUUGAAGGUUCUCGCCUUCCCCUGUCCUCCUCCUUUUGGUCGCCUUGGUGAUCCUGGAGGGAGGUAGAUGUGGGCUUUUUUUUUUUAAGUAUUAUUCCAGAAGGCAUAACCCUGGGUCAUCUCAACACCCCCUCAUUGCUGCUCUUCCUCACCUCCUUACCCUGAUUUGCCUGUGGGGCAGGGGGCGUUUGGCGGUGGUGCUGGGAUAUCGGAUAUCCAAGGCAGCUCUAGGUACAUUUCCACCAGCUGUGGGCCAGACUCCACAUGUGGCAGCUCCUCUCGGGAGGCCUCGGGAAAAUUCCAUGAUCUGGCUGUGCUGAGUCAUGCUUAGUCUCUGAGGAUACGUGUGUCACCUUUCGCAUAUCUGUCACUGGUCAGCCCAGGAUCUGGGAAAGGCUGCAGUUACUAUAGAGUGAUAUCAUGCUGCUGAUCUUUUCUAUUUGCCCAUCGCUGUAUGCUUUUCCCAGUGCUUUUACUAAUGUGCUGUUUAUCAAUAUGAAAAUGAUUAAUAUUAAAUCAUUUAUAAUAAGUGGAUUAUUCUGGAAAACAUUCCUCUCGUGAAUGAGGAAACUGAAGUUCGGUGAGACCAAGUGACUUGGACAAUGCGUAGUGCCUAAGGCGUCCUCAGGAGUAAACCCACCCAAGUGGGAGAAAAGAGCGUGCCUCCCUGGAAAUAGUUGAGACGUCCCUGGAGGAUGGAGAAUCUCCGUGCCAGUGGUACCAGCUGUAAGGCUGCUCACCUGUAGAUAAGUGAGGAAGAUCCCGCCUGCAGCCCUGAGCAGAGCAGGCAUCUGGUGCCCAGGACGAGGGCGAGAUGCUGAAGUUUCAAACUAUCCGUGGGGGCCUGAGGCUCCUAGGUAUCCGCCGAACCUCCACUGCCCCCGCUGCCUCGCCCAGUGUCCGGCGCCUGGAGUACAAGCCCAUCAAGAAGGUCAUGGUGGCCAACAGAGGCGAGAUCGCCAUCCGCGUGUUCCGGGCCUGCACGGAGCUGGGCAUCCGCACCGUGGCUGUCUACUCAGAGCAGGACACUGGCCAGAUGCACCGACAGAAAGCUGACGAAGCCUACCUCAUCGGCCGCGGCCUCGCCCCAGUGCAGGCCUAUCUGCACAUCCCAGACAUCAUCAAGGUGGCCAAGGAAAACAACGUGGAUGCCGUGCACCCUGGCUAUGGGUUUCUGUCAGAGCGAGCAGACUUUGCCCAGGCCUGCCAGGAUGCCGGGGUUCGGUUCAUUGGGCCGAGCCCUGAGGUGGUCCGCAAGAUGGGAGAUAAGGUGGAAGCCCGGGCCAUUGCCAUCGCUGCAGGUGUCCCCGUGGUCCCCGGCACAGAUGCCCCCAUCACUUCCCUGCACGAGGCUCACCAUUUCUCCAACACCUACGGCUUCCCCAUUAUCUUCAAGGCCGCCUAUGGGGGCGGGGGGCGCGGCAUGAGGGUUGUGCAGAGCUACGAGGAGCUGGAGGAGAACUACACCCGGGCCUACUCGGAGGCUCUGGCCGCCUUCGGGAACGGGGCGCUCUUCGUGGAGAAGUUCAUUGAGAAGCCGCGCCACAUCGAGGUGCAGAUCCUGGGGGACCAGUACGGGAACAUCCUGCACCUGUACGAGCGAGACUGCUCCAUCCAGCGGCGGCACCAGAAGGUGGUCGAGAUCGCCCCUGCUGCUCACCUGGACCCCCAGCUUCGGAGCCGGCUCACCAGUGACUCUGUCAAACUUGCAAAGCAGGUGGGCUACGAGAACGCGGGCACGGUGGAAUUCCUGGUGGACAAGUACGGCAAGCACUACUUCAUUGAGGUCAACUCGCGCCUGCAGGUGGAGCACACCGUCACCGAGGAGAUUACCGAUGUGGACCUGGUCCACGCCCAGAUCCACGUGGCCGAGGGCCGGAGCCUGCCUGACCUGGGCCUGCGGCAAGAGAACAUCCGCAUCAACGGCUGUGCCAUCCAGUGCCGGGUCACCACUGAGGACCCCUCGCGCAGCUUCCAGCCGGACACCGGCCGCAUUGAGGUGUUCCGGAGCGGGGAGGGAAUGGGCAUCCGCCUGGACAACGCCUCUGCCUUCCAAGGCGCCGUCAUCUCCCCCCACUACGACUCCCUGCUGGUCAAAGUCAUCGCCCACGGCAAGGACCACCCCACGGCCGCCACGAAGAUGAGCAGAGCCCUUGCCGAGUUCAGAGUCCGAGGUGUGAAGACCAACAUCCCCUUCCUGCAGAACGUGCUCAACAACCAGCAGUUCCUGGCAGGCACCGUGGACACCCAGUUCAUCGAUGAGAACCCGGAGCUAUUCCAGCUGCGGCCUGCACAGAACCGGGCCCAGAAGCUGCUGCACUACCUUGGACACGUCAUGGUGAACGGCCCAACCACCCCGAUCCCCGUCAAGGCCAGCCCCAGCCCCACGGACCCUAUUGUCCCUGUGGUGCCCAUAGGCCUGCCCCCAGCUGGUUUCAGAGACAUCCUGCUGCGGGAGGGUCCCGAGGGCUUUGCUCGAGCGGUGAGGAACCACCAGGGGCUGCUGCUGAUGGACACGACCUUCAGGGACGCCCACCAGUCACUGCUGGCCACGCGUGUGCGAACCCACGAUCUCAAAAAGAUCUCCCCCUAUGUUGCCCACAACUUCAGCAAACUCUUCAGCAUAGAGAACUGGGGAGGAGCCACAUUUGAUGUUGCGAUGCGCUUCCUGUACGAGUGCCCUUGGCGGCGGCUGCAGGAGCUCCGGGAGCUCGUCCCUAAUAUCCCGUUCCAGAUGCUGCUGCGGGGGGCCAAUGCUGUGGGCUACACCAACUACCCCGACAAUGUGGUUUUCAAGUUCUGUGAGGUAGCCAAGGAGAAUGGCAUGGAUGUCUUCCGGGUCUUUGACUCCCUCAACUACCUGCCCAACCUGCUGCUGGGCAUGGAGGCGGCGGGCAGUGCUGGUGGUGUGGUGGAGGCCGCGAUCUCCUACACGGGUGACGUGGCCGACCCCAGCCGUACCAAAUAUUCACUGCAGUACUACAUGGGCCUGGCUGAAGAGCUGGUGCGAGCUGGCACCCACAUCCUGUGCAUCAAGGACAUGGCAGGGCUGCUGAAGCCAACGGCCUGCACCAUGCUGGUCACCUCCCUCCGAGACCGCUUCCCUGACCUCCCAUUGCACAUCCACACCCACGACACGUCAGGGGCAGGCGUGGCAGCCAUGCUGGCCUGUGCCCACGCAGGCGCUGAUGUGGUAGACGUGGCAGCUGACUCCAUGUCUGGAAUGACUUCACAGCCCAGCAUGGGGGCCCUGGUGGCCUGUACCCGAGGGACUCCCCUGGACACAGGGGUGCCCCUGGACCGUGUGUUUGACUACAGUGAGUACUGGGAGGGGGCCCGGGGACUGUAUGCGGCCUUUGACUGCACGGCCACCAUGAAGUCUGGCAACUCUGAUGUGUAUGAGAAUGAGAUCCCAGGGGGCCAGUACACCAACCUGCACUUCCAAGCAUAUAGCAUGGGGCUCGGCUCCAAGUUCAAGGAGGUCAAGAAGGCCUAUGUGGAGGCCAACCAGAUGCUGGGCGACCUCAUCAAGGUAACCCCCUCCUCCAAGAUCGUGGGGGACCUGGCCCAGUUUAUGGUGCAGAAUGGGCUGAGCCGGGCAGAGGCCGAAGCUCAGGCAGAAGAGCUGUCCUUCCCCCGCUCAGUGGUGGAGUUCCUGCAGGGGUACAUUGGCAUCCCCCACGGGGGGUUCCCUGAGCCCCUUCGCUCCAAGGUGCUAAAGGACCUGCCAAGGGUGGAGGGACGGCCCGGAGCCUCCCUCCCUCCCCUGGAUCUGCAGGCACUGGAGAAGGGGCUGAUAGAACGGCAUGGGGAGGAGGUGACCCCGGAGGAUGUACUCUCAGCGGCCAUGUACCCCGACGUCUUUGCCCACUUCAAGGACUUCACUGCCACCUUUGGUCCCCUGGACAGCCUCAACACCCGCCUCUUCCUGCAGGGACCCAAAAUUGCAGAGGAGUUUGAGGUGGAGCUGGAGCGAGGCAAGACGCUGCACAUCAAAGCCCUGGCCGUAAGUGACCUGAACCGGGCCGGCCAGAGGCAGGUCUUCUUCGAGCUCAAUGGACAGCUGCGAUCCAUUCUGGUCAAGGAUACUCAGGCCAUGAAGGAGAUGCACUUCCACCCCAAGGCCCUGAAGGAUGUGAAGGGCCAGAUUGGGGCACCCAUGCCUGGGAAGGUGAUAGACAUCAAGGUGGCAGCAGGGGACAAGGUGACCAAGGGCCAGCCUCUGUGUGUGCUCAGUGCCAUGAAGAUGGAGACUGUAGUGACUUCGCCCGUGGAGGGCACUGUCCGCAAGGUCCACGUGACUACAGACAUGACACUGGAGGGUGACGACCUCAUCCUGGAGAUUGAGUGAUCUUGCCCCAGACUGGCAGCCUGGCCAUCCCCACCCCAAGCCUUCAAGGUGCUGCGCUGCCAGGGCAGGCCCAGGCCAGCCAGUGCCCGAGGGCAGGAAGGCCGGGCCCUGGACCUCCUGUCCUCAGUUGUUUGUGGCAGGAGAGACACUGCCUGUAGUGGUCCAUGCCUUUCCUCCUGCCCUCUCCUUUUCCUGCCGGUGGACAGUCGCUCACAUAUUCAUCCCUUGCCAAAUAAGGGUCCCCCCCUGCUGGAGACUACAGGUGGGGGUGCAGGCAGGCCUGGGACCUAGGGAAGCAGACUUAGGGGCCCUGCCUCCUGCAGGGGAAACCUAAGUCCCAGGUCUGAGAACUUCACUCAAUAAAACUGGCUUUCCCCUUCCCUCCA